UUCAAGAUUUCGCUGCUAGUAGCUACCUCAUUGUAUUAGUAGAAAAUAAUUGAAAUUUACAACGUAUAUCAUGUGCCGAUGUUGUCAAAGCUGCUGGGAGGACUUUUACUGGAACUGCAUUGAAGAAAAAUUCUGCUACGAUGAAACUAUUGCAAACUAUGAUCCCGAGGACGACGAGUAUGCCACCGAGAAGAAACCACAGAAUGGCUUCUACAACUCGGAAGAAUCGAUGGAAAACAACAACGCUCCGAUUUGUCGACAGCCGGCCAGCAUAGGACAUAACAGCAUUGUGAGCUCGAAAAUCCACGAGGAUGAUCUUCGUCGGGAAAUUCAGACCAACGUGCCAAUGCUGGCGCCGGAGGUGAUGGCCGUGUUUGCCAAUUCACAAAUCUUCCAAGAGCAUUCCCCGCCAAAGUCGAUUACGAAAAGUCCAGCCUCCGUUAAGUUUGCCAUCUCGCCAGAUUCACCUCCGAUCGAGACCUCAUCGGUGCCAUCCCUGGAAAGCAGUGCGUCAACGCUCAAACGUGAGGAUGACUCCGAUAAACUGCUGAAACGUCUUGAAGGGUCUCGACAAGAUCUCCAAAGCAGUAAAUUUGGAUCAAAGGUCAUUCCGUCAAUUGUAGAAGAAGCCCAAGACGACGAAGUGGUUCUGCGACCUCCAAGAUCCCUGAUCGAGGCUUCAGCAUCCUUCAGUGGAUCAACCAGUUUAAUCAACAAGAACAUUUCCCACCUUCAGGCAGAGCAGCCCUACUUUUCAACCCGUCCAGCCAGUGAGAAUGAUAUUUUCACCAUUGCAUCCUCAAGCAACUACAACGCCAUCAGCAUGACCCCAGAAGUACCAGCCAUUUCGUAUUCCAAUUUACCGAAGAGCUAUUUGGAAACCCCGACGGUGGAGAAGUAUCGAGAGUCGGUCAGCUUGUAUUCCAUUCAAACGGCAGGAAUGCUUUCUGCUAACGUUGACCUUUCGAUGCCAAGGUACUAUGGUAAAUCGGAUCUGAUCAUGCACAGUGCAAACGAAACCGAGAGCACCAGAAAUUUAAAUCUCUCCGACAUCAGUAUGGCUGGCUCUAGCACUCCGGUUUCUAGCAAUUCUAUCAGACAUAUAGAGAAGAGCAAGCGUUUGAAGAACAUUCGGACGGCUCUUCCUCCGCUGAACUUGCAGCUGAUUAGAGGAAGCUCGUCUCCUAAUAACAAGGAAAAAGAAAAGGAGAAGGAUAAGCUUAAGGCUAAAGACAGUAUUAAACUGUAGUUUGUAGGAGACGAUGAUUAAAUCCCUUCCAGUGCCAGCUGUAACAGUAUACCAGUUAGAUAUGUUGAUAAUUUAAAACGGUGGAGGAUUCGUUUACACGUGUUUUACAACUAGAACAUGCUCUAGUUGUAUGUUUAAUUCACUUAAUUUAGCUAAGAAUAGGUAUAUUUCUUCCAAGUGAAUUUUAGAGAAAUAGUGUGCCAAUUUAGAUUUUACGAAAUAAAAUGAAUGAUAUUAAUAGUUGUUGCUCUUUGCGCUGGCGU